UGUCAUCCUCCAGGGAUGAGGGCGGCGAGGGGAGAGAGUAGUAUUAAUAGGGAGGAGGAGGAGGAGAAGAAGAAGAGGCGGUGCGAAGCUAUCGAGGUCUCUGUGAGAGUGGGUGCUUUGGGAAGGGAUUCUUUGUAUUUGUGAUGGAGAGGGACUUCUUGAGCAUCACCGGAGGUGGGGCGGAGGAGGAAGCGAAAGGCAGCCGCCAUGAUUCAGGUUGGUCCGAGCAGUGGCCUUCGACAAAGAAUGCAUCUUCCUUGCAGCAGUUCAUUCCCCUAAAGGUUGCACAAGAGGAUAGAACAAAGAGUUUCAGUUUUGAUCUAGUAUCCUCACCCAUGUUUCAGCCUAUGAAAGCUGCUAAUUCUCCUGGGUCUACACAGCAGAAAUCAUUCAGUCUGCAUGAUCUUCCACUUCAGAUCACUGCUGGCCUUAGUGCUUCCUCUCGCCGAGCAAGUGGAACCAGAAGUUUUCCAAUGACCUCAUCUAAUUCCGAUGUGAAUAGCGACCCUUUCUUCAAGUUCCAUAAUGAACAGCAUCAAUUUGGAGGAGCUACGUUAAACAACCCUUUUGUUAAUAUGAACAUUGGAACCCUUGCACCCAGCAAUGUGCCGGUGGUGACAAAAAUGAUGGCACAGUUAACUAUAUUUUAUGCUGGUACAGUCCAUGUAUACGAUGAUGUUUCCUUUGAUAAGGCCGAAGCAAUCAUUGCAUUAGUGAGCGAAGGAUCCAAUUCAAAAGGAACUUUAAAUGCUUCAAGAUCCGAAGCACCUUUCAAGGUCAAAGCUCCGGUUCCAACCAACUUUCCUGCAUCCGAUAGUUUAAGUACAAAACAGAUCCUAUGUCCUACUCCACUUCGGGUGGUAUCACCCUGCUCAGGCUUUUCGAACCCCAUGUUAGUGACUCCUGUGGCAGGGGCUAACUCAAGAAGUAGUUUUAGCACGCCAAGUGAUAUAGUUGGUGCCAAUAUUAUGAGCUCAUUGUCUCCGUCAAUAAAGCAAGAGCCUUCCAGAACUUUGCCUUCAGCUUUUGGCUCUACAGUUUCUGUGGCCACUUCUUCUCGAGCAGUACCUCAAGCUCGGAAAGCAUCACUGGCACGAUUCCUUGAAAAACGGAAGGAAAGGGCGAAUAAUGCCAUGCCCUACUCCACCUCCAAGAAAAACCAUGAUACAAAUGGUGAUCUUGAGAGUGCUAAUGCAUCGAACAUCUCUUGGUCACCUGAUGUCAAUCUUUCAAGUAAUUGGUCAAGGAUACCAAAUUGUCCUUAAUUGGUCAGAUUUAUGAAAUGGUUGUAUGAGCAAUGUGAUUGGAGCUGCUCAAUCACAAAAGGAAGGAAGCCCUGCUGCAAACUAAAAUUUGUUCCCAUAUCCAGCUUCAUGAUUGUGUAGUCUGGAUAAGCAGCUUACUGCUAUAAAAAAGCUGAUCGAUUUUGGUUUCUGUUUUCGUGUAAUUCACCAUCUUGUCACUAUCAUUAAUGUUCUUGUCACCAUUCUCCUAAUUCUGCUUGGCCGAGUAGCAUUGUAAUAAAUGGUACGAGCUUAUUAUAUCAUUGUUCUUUUUUUUGCUGAA